AUGUCAGGUCAGCAAAGAGUCAGGGUCUUGUACGAUUUCGCAAGCACAGACGAUUCGUCAUUGGCCCUCAGGAAGGGAGAGACCAUCGUUGUUUUGAAUACUUUGCCAAAUGGGUGGAUCGACGGCAUGAAUAGCAGAAGUGAGCGUGGAUGGCUUCCCUCCAACUACGUCGAACUCAUCGAGGAUCCUCCUUCUUCCACUUCAUCGGCUGCAACUUCUAAAUGGAUUCGACAGCAUGAUAAUAAUGGAAAUCUCUUUUAUUACAAUACUGCAACACAUGAAUCGGUGUGGAGUCUGCCAGCUGGGGAGCUAGACGAUCCUGUCGCAAUAGCGAGCGCAGAAUCCUUUGGUCGAGACUCUGGUUAUCAGUCGGGAACUUCAGCAACAGAUCAAUUUACUAGUUUGUCAAGAACAAUGGCGAAUAGAGGGGCUUCUGAUGCUGAAAAGAUGCCACCGAAUUGGAGAGCCAAGAACACGCCGGAAGGCAGAACGUACUUUUAUAAUGUCAUCACAGAUCAGACGACAUGGACUCUAGACAAUGUAAACCCAGAAACAGGUGAACUGAAUGCCAGCAGUUUAUCAACAGAUCGGUCUUCUGGUGGCCAUGACUCAAACUCAAACAGUCGGCAGAACGUACCCUCGUCACCAGCCGACGACGUAUGGUCAUGGAACAAGUUAACAGGAGACGUAGUACUAGCCAUACAUCAACUCAACCACUCUGUGCGAGCCAACAACAAGGAAAAAUUUAUACAGCUGGCAUCUGGAAUAGUAGAAACCAUUCGGCUCAUGUUGUAUGCUUCUGGAACUGCACGUAAAGAUACCGGUAUUAUAGCGAAUUCGAAGCUCCUUAAGCUUCAUCAUCGUGGAAUCAUGUCCACAUUAUCGAAACUGGUAUUAGCUGCCAAGACGGCUGCUGGUGUAUGGCCACCACCAGAUGCAGUUGCCAAGAUGCAGCAAGCUGCUAACGAUGUAUUGUUGAGUGUGCGUCAAUUCGUGGCUGCUGCUCAAGAAGUCGGUGUAGAAAUCAAGCCACCAGGUCUUAUACCAGCUGAUGAUGCUCUUGGUAUACCCGAAGUAUAUUCAAAUACCAACGCGCCAGGACAGUCACAAUCCACCAAUAUACCACCAACACCACCUCGUCGUGGAUCAGGAAGUAGUGGCACAACAGCACUGAAACAAGCAGCUGCUAUACCGAUAAACGGUGAUGCGGAUUCCGUCAGUCAUCCCAAUGACUCGGAAUUGAUUGCUGCUCUGGAAAUGUUUACGAGAUCGAUAGUACGAAUGAUUGCAGGUCUUGUCGCUGCUGUACGGGAAAGUAAAUGUAAUUCAGCUACUUUGAUAUCCCAAGUACGAGCCAUGGUGACAGAGGUCGGCAAUUUCUUGGCAUUGGUCGAUGAGCUGCCUCUAGAUAUGCUGAGAGACGACUCCACCAUGGAUUUCAAAGUCGCGAAACUCGCCUUGUAUAAUACCAUAUCGGGCCUCGUCAUGGCUACCCAGACCGCUACGUCACCUUUAGCGCCAGCAAAUGCUGUAGAACAGGUGCUAAUGUCGGCUAGCCUGGUAGAAAAGGCUGUCCGAGAUCUGUUAAUCGCCACCAAAUUCUUGGUCGAAGAAAAAGAAUACCUAGAACGAGAAAACCUAGCAUCAUUCAUCGAACAACAACGUAGAUCGUCUGGCCCACUUCCUCAUCCUAUACCACGUAGAGCAGCUUCAACAGGCCAUCUAGAAUCCGACUUGUAUGAUCACGAAGGACAGCAUGAGCCGAGACGAGAAGUAUCUAUGCCAUCGCUAUCGGGUAGUAUUCCACGUGGUAUCAACUCGCCAUCCAAAAGUAUGGUAGCGCCAUUAUCAACGCCACCUGCUACACCGCCCAAUGAGUUACAGACUGAUACGGCGUUGCGGUUGUCGUCGUCGUCUACUGACAGGCUCAAAAAGAUUCUGGAACCAGGAACUGCGUCGUCAGAUACUGCAUCUAGCUUGAGCUUGAAUUCGUCAAAGGCCUGGUAUCUAGCUCAUGAUUAUCCACCGCAGGAUAUAGUGCUGACUGUUGAAGGACGAGUCAAGGCUGGCACGUUUGAGGCGUUGAUUGAACGAUUGACACUUCACGAUGCUCUUGACACAUACUACUCUCAAAGCUUCAUGCUAACAUACCGCUCCUUUAUAUCCACCACCGAACUAUUUGACCUCCUCUUCAAACGCUUCGCCAUCCAACCACCCCCAGGCAUGUCUUCCGAAGAAUUCGAAACGUGGUCUGAAAAAAAGCAAACCCCCAUCCGUCUCCGAGUCUUCAACGUUCUCAAACAAUGGCUUGAAUCAUACAGUCUCGACAAUGACGAAGACAACACAAACAUGAAUCGUCUCAAAACCUUUUGUAACAACACCGUCAAACCAGUACUGCCUACACCUGCAGCACAGCUCGAACGCAUGAUUGAGAAACGACAGACGGGUGGGAUUGCGGCUGUACGCAGAAUUGUGGGCAAUGUAAAUAGUAGUCCGGCACCAGCAGUUAUCUUCCAGAAGGGGCAGAAGAGAAUCAAGUUUCUGGAUACGGAUCCGUUAGAGUUGGCGAGGCAGUUGACGCUGAUUGAGAUGAGAGAGUUUUGUAAGAUACAGCCGGUUGAGUUUAUGAGGAAGGCGUGGAGUGAUAAGCAGAAUUUGGUGUCUGUAAAUAUUCGAAAUAUGAUUGCGCAGUCUAAUAAGAUAACCGGCUGGGUCGCCUCCAACAUUCUGUCUGAACGCGAUAUCAAGAAACGGGCGCUUAUGAUCAAGCAUUUCAUUAUGAUUGCUGAGCGCUGCCGAGCGCUAAACAACUUCAACUCCCUCAUGUCCAUCCUCGCCGGCCUACAAUCCUCUCCCAUCCACCGUCUCCGCCGCACAUGGGACCUCCUCCCUGUAAAAUCAAACCAGUCUCUAGAUACCCUCCGCCGUCUCAUGAACCCAACAAAAAACUUUACCACAUACCGCGAAUCACUCAAAUCUGUCACACCGCCAUGUGUGCCCUUCCUCGGUGUAUACCUGACAGACCUCACAUUUAUAGAAGAUGGAAACCCGGAUGUGCUCAGGAGUAACUCUCGAUUGAUUAAUUUCGGGAAGCACGCCAAGACGGCGGAUUUAACGAGGGAAAUACAGAGGUUUCAGCAGAUGCCGUAUAAUUUGGUGCUUGUGGGGGAGCUGCAGACGUUUUUGGGGCAGUGUUUGGAUGAGACGACGCAUACGGAUGAGCAGGUGCUGUAUACGACGAGUUUGCAGUUGGAGCCAAAGGAGAGAGAGGAUGAGAAGAUUGCUAGACUGUUACAAGAGUCUGGAUUCUUGUGA